GUAAUAAGGUGAUUGUGAAGAAUCAGCAUUCUGGUGUGGCAGCCCCCAACCCCCUGACUUCCCCAUUGGUGAAGAAUGCCCGUCCUUCUAAAAAACGGAAGCAGGCGCUACCAUUUUGAAACACGGCACUGCUUGGCUCCACCAUGGACAAGAGCAACACGGUGAAGCUCUUCGUGGGCAACCUGGCUCUAGACACCACCCAGGAGGAGCUUUCCGCCAUCUUUGAGUCGUACGGCCAGGUGGUCAGCUGCAGCGUCCUCCGACAGUUCGCCUUCGUACACCUACAGGGUGAGGGUUCUGCGGAGCGGGCCAUCAGGGAGCUGAACGGCAGGGAGUUCCGGGGGAGGAACCUAGUGGUGGAGGAGUCCCGGGGCAGACCGCUCCACUCCACCAAGGUGUUUGUGGGGAACCUGUCGGGCAUGUGCACCACCGAGGACCUCCAGGAGCUCUUCCAGACCUUUGGUAAAGUGCUGGAGUGCGACAAAGUCAAAGCCAGGCUCUCCUCUUCUGCAGGCUACGCCUUCGUGCACAUGGAGAACAAGGAGGAGGCUCUACAGGCCAUCGAGGCCCUCCACGGCACCUCCUUCAAGGGACGCCCGCUCUCCGUCGAGCUCUCCAAGGUGCAGCCCUCCAAGCAGACCCCGACGGGGAAGAUCCCCUGUGUAAGCUGUGGGAAGCAGGGCCACUACGCCGGGGAGUGCCCUGUAGGGAAGCCCUCUCUGGAACAGUACCAGAGCCAGGCGGCUGUGCUAGCUGCAGCCGCCGCUGCCGCAGCCGGCCUCCCCCUCCAGGUCCAGCAAAGUGUCCACAACUCUGUCUACAACACCUCGACCUUUGACCCCACCUACGCGGCGUUGACCGGCCUCACCACCGGCACGCGGGCGGAAGGUAACCCUGUCAACCAGGCGGUGUAUGGUGCCCUGGCGACGCAGGUCUACGGCGCUAACGUGGCCAAUCAGCUCUAUGGAGUCCAGGCAGCCAAUCAGGCGGCAGCGUUGACGCAGGCGGGCGCCACGCAGGUGUACGCCAGCUCCAUGAACCCCAGCCACGCCGCCCUCUACGGUCAGCUCAGUCAGAUUGCUGCCAGCCCAGCUGCAGCGUCCGCCGCUGCCUACUCCACACCGGUCUACGCACACGCCAUGGCUAACCACCACCACCCGGGGGCCAUCUACCUGGCAGCACCUGGCGUAGAGAUGCCUGCGGCCGCUGCUGCAGUCAACCAGGCCUACGCCAUGGCGCCGGCACUCUAUGGGGGCGCCCAGCAUGCCUACGGCCACAUGGGGAUGGGUGCCGCCAUGAGCGCAUCGGCGGACCCGUCGGCGGCCAUCUUUGAGGCAGCGAGGGUGCAGCACUACUUCGCCCAGGGACAGCAGGUUCUGGCCGAGCAGCAGAACGCGGCGGCGGUGGCGGCGGCACAAGCGGCAAAGUCUGGAGAGAGGGACCGGAGUCCCCUGAGGCGCUCUGCGGGGUCCCUGCUGCCUGACCCCGUCAUGAAGCCCUUCAUGUACCAGAGAGCCCCCAAGCAGCGCCGGCCGCUGCUCCCCACCCCCGCUGGGCGAGCUGCAGAGGAAGCAGCGGAGGCUGGAGAGGACCCCAUGGCUAGAGAGCAGUGCCAACAGUACGCUGAACACUACCAACAACAGUACCAGCAGCUCCAGCAGUUACAAGAGCAGUACCAACAGUAUGCUGAGUACUACCACCAACAGCACCAACAGCACCAGCAGCUCCAGCAGUUACAGUACUAUGCAGAGUACUACCAGCAGUACCAGCAGUACCAGCAACUCCAGCAGUACCAGCAACUUCAACAGUACCAGCAACUCCAACAGCUCCAGUACGCCUACCCACCUCCCAACCACCACGCCAUAGCUGCCAUCCCAGCCCACGCCCUGGCGGGCCACGCCCACCACCACGGCCAGCCGGCCCACGUCACGGCGCUGGACGCCGCCCUCAGGCCAGUGGUGCCUGCCUCCGCCGUGGCCGCCGCCAUGGUGGCAGCGCCCAGAGUACCCAUAUGACUGGGGACCAGGGUGGCAGAGAAAAGGAGGAGUAGCGUCUGUGUGUGCGCCCCCCCUAGUCUGCCUCGUGGAUGGGGUAAGUCUGGUCUGGGGUCGGCACUCCUCUCUCCAGCUUCAACCAAACUCUAGGCCUACAGCACAGUCAGACAGACCCUGGGUUCGUGCCAAUAAUAUAUAUUUUCUCCUCAAAUGUGCACUUGUUCACUUCCCUUUACUGUUGCGAGAGGAAAUUUACUGAAAUGAGGGAGUUUGAUGGUGCAAACUCCUUCUAGGCCAUGGGUUUUCAACUCUUACCCUACGAGGUCUGGAGCCUGCUGGCUUUCUGUUCUACCUGAUAAUUAAUUGGACCCACCUGGUGUCCCAGAUCUAAAUCAGGCUUUGGGGUCCGGAGUUGAGUUUGAGGGUUCUAGCCUCUGCUAAAUGUUUUUAAGAUAUGUGGGAAGUAGUAAACAAGUGUACACUUCAGGAGGAAGAGAUCAUUGGGACACAACCCCUCACUGGUACAUCAACAAGGCAUCUACUGUGUUACCAUGCUGUUACCAUGCGCUCAUGUCUGAAAACAGCUUCCGUGACCUCUGAUCUUUUUGAUUUCCACUUUGUGCCAAACUAGUGUAGAUUUCAUGACAUUUUAAUUGCAGAUUCAAUGUUGAGCAGAGGGGAGCGCACUACUCGCUUGCAGAUGACUCCUUGUUUUAACAAUGGGUGGACAAACACACACACACACACAUCUGAGACCUGGGGAGAGGCACACAGAUAGAAUGACUGUGGCAUUUUGAUCUGUGGGGGGGUGCUAUGUGUCUGCUCCUAUCCAACAACCACACCACCAACACCAUGUGUCUGUCUCUGUUGUGCUAGACGUGCAUGUCACUCUGCUCUCUGUCCAAAGCCCCUGACAUACUGACUAACUAUUCCAACUGAAAUAGGUCCCGGCCACCGGACACCACCCAGCAGGUGUGAGGUGAGAGGGGGAAGACAAUAAACGUCGCACGGGCAAAUGGGAAGUGGGAACUCAAUCUUCUCCACCAAGGUAAUGAAACAAAGCACUGUCCCCGCCCGUCCAUCUCUGACUGUGCCUUGACCGAAACACCCCUCCUCCCCCCUCCUCGUCCACCAUCACCCACCCUCCCCCCCUCCGUAGCUCCCCCUCACACCUGCGUUGACAUUGCCCGGGGGGCUUCUUUUGGGGUCACUGCUCACGCUGUGAUGUCUUCUACCAGACUUCCAGUGACUUCUCCUGUCUCUCACCAUGCAGCACCUACAGAUGUCAGUCACUCUGUCGUGCUGAUGUGUGUCUGAGAGCAAGAGACCGCGUGUGUAACUGUAUGUGUGUGACUGACUACAUGUUUGAGAGCGAGAGACCGCGUAUGUGUGUGUCACUGAAUGUAUGUGUCUAAGAGAGUGUGUGUGUGAUGUCAUUGGUGUUUUGAGGCUUGGUACAUGUGGAUCCCCCCGCCCCCGCUAGUGACUCCUACGCCGCCGUAUUCGCCGCCCCUCCCCCCCAACCCAUCCCCCUCUGCGCCUGUCCGCCGUACACAGCUUGCUGCCGCCGCCGCCUGCCGCCAUCUUGGAUCUAGGCUGGGCUCUGUGGAUCAGCAGCCCCCAACUGGCCACACCCACCCCUGGCUAUGGCUGUAACCAUAGAGACCUAGUGAAUGACAAUGGACACCGUGUAUGGUGGCCUAAUGGGGUCACUCGGCUGGACGGAGUAUAAACUCAUCAGACUUUGUAGGGCGAGAGUUUUUUUUGCUUUGCUAAUACUGUGAUCCUGGGUUUGCCAUGGCUGUGUAUGGGAGUUUAAUCACUAUUCACCACCACCUCCUCCUUGCAGUUGAAUGACUCAUGUCAAACGUAUCUAAUUAAAUCCGAUAAACUGACCUUGCUCUGGAGGAUAACAUUUGUAAUAUGCUUUUUAACACAGAGUUCCCUAUGGCCCUCUCGCCCUAUCAAAAACGUCCAAUAAGGGCCCAACUACCUGCAGAUUCACUGCAAUCUCAGGACUCCUAUAGGACUUCUUUGGUAUGGGGACUGUUUCUCUCCUCUCAAGGCAGCUACACCGACCGGCUGUACCUGUGGGUUGCAAUGUGGAUAUCUGAGUCUCCUGUUGAGAUGGUUGAACACACACACACUCAUCUGAGUUGUCCGGCAUGUGGUAGAACAGCUGAGUGGUUCGUUGCCGGUGGGGGGCAGAGACGAGACUGGGAGAGGGUUUGGUCUCCGCCUCUCUGUCUUAUGAAGGAAAGGAAAGAUGGAUGGAAGGAAGGUGAGUUGGUAAUGUAGGGAUCUCCAGCUCUGAUCCAUCCCUGUUCCCUAACCCUUCUAUCCUAACCAUGGGGGUCCCUACAAGAAAGUAAUAAACACUGGUCUACCGCUGCACUAGAUGGUUUUUGAUGCAUUUUGAUCAAUAUCCUUCUUAAAAAACAAUGUUAUGCCUGUGUUUGUUUCCAAAAGAACUUGAAAGACCAUUUUAAUACAUUUUAUAUGAGGGUAAUCUAUACAAAUCCCCUUAAGGUUCAGCGGCAGUCCCCACAAAAUAGAAAUGUAACUGAUCCUUCAACCUCCAUGACCAGGAUGUGGUGGUCUUUCCCACACAGUCCCCUCUCACUGUCACACUUGGAUGUGUGCAGUCUGACUCUCUAGUGCUUGAGUAAAUGUAGCCAGCCAUGAAGGUUCCCUUUUGGCUCACCCUGACUGACAACCACAUGGCUGCUUCCUCUCUCCACUGCUCCUCUCCGGCUCUCUCCCUCUGCACAGCACAGGACAGGGAAGCCGUCAAUGCUGCCUCACACACAGAAGCUCAAUUCCGACGCUCACCCCUGUUCCCUGAAGUGUGCACUUGUUCAACCCUCAUGGAGUGAACGAGUGCACACUUCAAGGAGAGGGGACAGAAUUGGAAUUGGGCCACAGUUUUGCCCCCUGGGUAGACACCAAGUCUACUGUUGGUCACACUUAAUAACAUUGUUGCCCAAAUGCUACCUAGUCACAUCGACUAUUAUAUUCUCACAGGCAAGAACUUACUUGUAUCUACACUGUAACUAAGUUGACUUAAUUAAGAAUCUGGGGCCAGUCAAGUGUAGUUACAGUGUAAUGGUGUGAUUACAUGUGGUUAGGGAAUAAUCUAUAUUUAGAUUUACUACAGUAUUAAGGCAACUUAAUGUAGUGCUAGCUCUUAUUGUUAUCUAAUACCUAUGAUCUUCCUCUGAGUGAUCUGGUUUCUCUUGGUGUUUGAGGAGACAUUUUUUAGGGAGAAAGAGCAUCUUUGUACACCAAACUGGAUUGUUGAGGUGAUGUUUUGCAAUGGAUCGAUGUUGAGUCAUUUGUUACUUUAAGCACAUUUACAGGAAGAACUAAAAGAAUCAGCAUGCUUGACGGAGGGGGACGUAUUCACGGUGCAAAAUGUUUCACAUCUGUGAAAAUAAGUACCCUAAACUCAUUAUAAUCCGGCAGUGUGGUUUAAUUUGAUAUUUUUCUUCAAUGUGGGUAAUAGAAAAGUUACUAAACUAGUUUAGUAUACUGAGCAAGGAAUCAACAGUGGCCAUUUUAUAAAACACAUUGCUGAAGAAGUGUCAAAUUAAAUCACACUGCCAGAUUAUGAGUUCUACUGUAUUUGCACAGAUUUAAACGAUUUUGUACCAUGAAAAUGUUGCCCAAAAUGUAUUAUGACUAAUUAAUAACCCAAUUUACUAUGAUGUAUAUUCCCUUUCUCCUGGCAUUGCUUAUGUCUUGAGGCACUGUACCGUCUGCAUGGCAGUCCCAAAUAAAUGAGUUUUUGAAAUAAA